ACCCUUAUCCCCCGCGUUUCACCCCUUAUCUCUAUCUUCCCUCGUUCGAUCCGCUUCUAGUCCACCACUACUCCGUACUCAAUCCGGAGUAGACUGCGUCUUCUUGCUCUCAGGAAAAUAAAAUGGCCGUCACAGUAGUUGCUUCCUCCCGAGCCGUCAUCUCAGGCCGCACAACACCAGCCACCAUCGUAAUUUCCCCCUCAACCGGCAAAAUCGUACAGGUCUAUGAUAGCAUCAAAGCCGCCUCAGACUUCCCCGACUGCGACUCUUAUAAGGAUUAUUCCCCUCUUGUGCUGCUGCCCGGUCUGGUGGAUGCCCAUGUCCAUCUGAAUGAACCCGGAAGGACGGAAUGGGAGGGUUUCUAUACGGGUACCCAGGCCGCGGCAUUUGGUGGCGUGACUACCGUUGUUGAUAUGCCGCUUAAUGCUAUUCCGCCCACGACCACGGUAGAUGGGUUUAAGGAGAAGAUUCGUGCGGCAAAGGGGAAAUGUUGGGUGGAUGUUGGGUUUUAUGGUGGUGUUAUUCCGGGGAAUGCGCAUGAAUUGAAGUCUUUGGUGGAGAUGGGUGUCCGUGGAUUCAAGGGGUUUCUCAUUGAUAGCGGUGUGGAAGAAUUCCCGGCUGUAUCUUCGCCGGAUAUUGAAUUGGCCAUGAAAGCCCUCGCAGACCAGCCAACGACUCUAAUGUUUCACGCCGAAAUGCUUCCACCCAUCACAGACUCAGUCGGUGACGAUGUCCAAACCUCAUUACCACCUCUUGCUCCCGCAGGCCCGCUCCAGAGUUACUCGACAUUCCUCGCAUCUCGACCAUCAUCCUUUGAAACAUAUGCCGUUGCAGAGAUCAUCCAACUCGCUUCAACGGCGCCCAACUUGCCGCUGCACAUUGUGCACUUGUCAGCCAUAGAAGCAAUCCCCUUGCUACGAGAGGCACGUGCCAAUGGUGUCCAAAUCACCGCAGAGACAUGCUUCCAUUACUUAUCUCUGGCAGCAGAAGAAAUCGCCGAGGGCGAUACUCGACACAAAUGCUGCCCUCCCAUCCGCUCCCGACUGAACCAAGACGGACUAUGGGCUGAACUGGAGCGUUAUGCCGAUGACGGCGUUAUCAAAACUGUCGUCUCAGAUCAUUCCCCAUGCACACCAGACCUCAAACUCCUCCCUUCACAUAUCAUGACACCAGAACCAACCCCUUUCUCUAGCGUUGGGUCAAGCGAUUCAUCUGCCGUCGCGACUCCAUUGCACAAUUCAUCCUCCAGCAGCAGCGUGAGCGACUACUUUGAAUCCAAAGAACAAGAAAUCCCUGACGGAAACUUCUUUUCUGCCUGGGGCGGUAUCUCUUCCGUCGGACUCGGUCUUCCAAUCCUAUGGACCGAAAUUUCUCGACGCAAACAAAUCGCUGCUCCCGGGGGUUCCAAAUCAAUCGAGCAAGACUUGCAAGAUAUUGUCCGAUGGUGCAGCACCAAUACAGCGGCGCAAGUUGGCUUAUCCACUUCAAAGGGUGACCUGGCGGUUGGAUUUGAUGCUGAUAUUUGCGUAUUUGAUGAUUCGGCAGAAUGGGUCGUUGAGCCGAGUACGAUGUUGUUCAGGAAUAAGUGUUCGCCGUAUCAGGGUCGGACGUUGAAGGGAAUGGUCAAGGAGACGUGGUUGCGAGGGACGAAGGUGUACUCGCGUAGUGAAGGGUUUAGUCGGGUGCCUCAGGGAAAGUUGCUCUUGGAAAAGAGGACUGUUUAAUGAGCUGAUUGUCGUUUCAUUUGUCGAGGAAAACCGGUUUAUUGCAUGUAUAUAGUAUUCAUCUUAGCGGCAUAGCAUAUACCUUACCUUAUUCUU